AUUUUGUCAUCGUGGCUACUUUCUUUGUUGUUGCUUCAUUACAAGCUGCUUAUGUUGACAGCUGCGCAUUUAAAAAUAUAUUGUACUCUUUCUAACGAAUUAACAUUAAACGAAGAUAGCAACUUUCAAUGCAUAGUUGAGAUACCAUUGACAAGGUUUCAAGUUGAUAUUCAAAUUUAAUGCUGUCAAACCGAUUAUAAAGUUCGCGACGGGCGGAGGUGCGUUUAGGUUAAAACAAGAAAAUAGUUUCUUGGGGAAAAAAAUCAUAUUUUUCUUUGAAAAAUAAUAAAAAUUUGCAAGUGCAAAUUGAUUAAGUGAUUCCAAACAAAUUUCUAAAAUACUGAGGAUACACCCGCUUUAUUAAAAAAAAAUAUGAGUGCAGCAAAUGUAGCAACUGUUCCGGGUACUGGUUCUGUGCCGAGCAAUAAGGAAGGUGCGCCAGCGGCGAUUCCAGCACCGAUACGUAAAGGCAUCGUUAAACAAGUGUUAUCCGGUGAUACUGUCGUUAUCCGCGCUUCUAAAGGUGCACCACCACCAGAAAAGCAAAUAACAUUUUCUUACGUGGUUGCACCAAAAUUGGCACGUCGUCCAGGUUCUGGCGGUGAAGAGUCAAAGGAUGAACCAUGGGCUUGGGAUUCGAGGGAGGCCCUACGUAAAAAGUUAAUCGGUGCCGAAGUGACUUUUAGCUAUGAAAAACCCCAGAACUCAAAUCGAGAAUAUGGAUUUGUUUGGCUUGGAGAUAAAGAAACCGGCGAGAAUGUCGUUGAGACUAUGGUGAAAGAAGGCUUAGUGACUGUACGUCGCGAAGGCCGUCAAACUCCUGAAUCACUAAGUCUUAUCGAAUUAGAAGAUCAAGCAAAGAGCGCCGGUCGUGGUAAGUGGUCAUUUGCGGCACCAGUUGAAAAAAUACGUCACAUUAAGUGGACACAAGAGAAUCCUGCGCAUAUGGUCGAAAUCUAUAAUGGCAAUCCUGUUAAAGCAAUUAUCGAACAUGUACGUGAUGGUUCCACAGUGCGUGCAUUUCUACUGCCUGAUUUCUAUUACAUUACCUUAAUGAUUUCGGGUAUACGUUGCCCUGGUGUGAAGUUGGAUGCUGAGGGCAAACCCGAUCUAAGCGUGAAAAUUCCAUAUGCCGAUGAAGCACGUUUCUUUGUAGAAUCACGUUUAUUGCAAAGAGAUGUAGAAAUUCGUUUGGAAUCCGUCAACAAUGCUAACUUUAUUGGCACAAUUAUACAUCCCAAAGGAAACAUUGCCGAAGCCCUCCUACGUGAAGGUUUAGCCAAAUGCGUUGAUUGGUCAAUGGCAGUCAUGAAAGGCGGUGCUGAUAAGCUACGUGCUGCUGAACGCAUCGCUAAGGAGAAACGCCUACGUUUAUGGCAUGACUAUCAAUCAAGGGCUCCAACUUUCAAAGAGAAAGACUUUACUGGAAACGUUGUUGAAGUGUUUAACGGCGAUGCCAUUAACGUAAAACUGCCAAACGGUCAAAUCAAGAAAGUUUUCUUCUCUUCCAUAAGGCCACCACGCGAUAACCGAUCAGUUGUCGGAGCCGAUGGUGAAGAAAUUGUAAAAGCUCCACCACGUGGCAAAAAUUAUCGUCCCCUAUAUGAAAUUCCUUCCAUGUUCGAAGCACGUGAAUUUCUUCGGAAAAAAUUAAUUGGCAAAAAGGUACAAUGUAAUCUGGAUUAUAUUGCACCCGCACGCGAUAAUUUCCCCGAGAAAUAUUGUUACACUGUACUAAUCGGUGGACAAAAUGUAGCCGAAGCGCUCAUAUCUAAAGGUCUGGCCACCUGUGUGCGUUACCGUCAAGAUGAUGAUCAACGUUCCUCUGCUUACGAUCAAUUGUUGGCUGCAGAAAGUCAAGCUAUCAAGGGUUUGAAGGGUAUGCAUUGCAAGAAGGAGAGUGCGCCAUUACGUAUCAAUGAUCUAACUGUAGACCAUUCCCGCAUCAAAGUUCAAUACCUGCCAUCGUGGCAACGUGCUUUACGCACUGAGGGCAUUGUCGAGUUUGUUGCCAGCGGUUCUCGUUUACGUCUAUAUGUGCCCAAGGAUAGUUGCUUAGUAACAUUCCUACUGGCUGGCAUAUCAUGCCCACGUUCGUCACGUCCUGCAUUAAAUGGUAUUCCCGCACAAGAAGGCGAACCCUUCGGUGACGAAGCUUUGGCUUUUACGAGGGAUCGUGUGCUACAGCGAGAUGUAUCCGUGCAUAUUGAUACCACUGAUAAGGCCGGCUCCUCUGUCAUUGGUUGGUUAUGGACAGACACUAACGUUAACCUGUCGGUCGCUUUGGUUGAAGAAGGUCUAGCCGAGGUACACUUUAGCGCUGAAAAAUCCGAAUAUUACCGACAGCUUAAAAACGCAGAAGAUCGUGCGAAAUCUGCAAAGAAAAACAUUUGGGCUAACUAUGUUGAACAGGUUGUCGAGGAGAAACCUAUAGUUGCGGAAGAAGAAAAAGAGGACAAAGCACCUGUCGAGCGUAAAGUUAAUUAUGAAAAUGUUAUUGUUACCGAAAUAACUGCAGACUUAACAUUCUUUGUGCAAGGAGUUGACAACGGUGGAAAAUUGGAAGCUCUAAUGGCAAAAUUGCAUGCAGAUCUACAGUCGAACCCGCCAAUCACCGGUGCGUACACACCUAAGCGCGGUGAUUUGUGUGCUGCUCAAUUUUCUGCCGACAAGCAAUGGUAUCGCGCAAAGGUAGAACGUGUGCAAGGCCAGAGUGCUACCGUUUUGUACGUUGAUUAUGGCAACAAGGAGGUUGUACCGUUUAACAGGCUUGCUUCGCUACCACCCUCCUUUACAAGUGAAAAACCCUACGCAACCGAAUACGCCCUUGCACUCGUUCAAUUGCCCUCUGAUAACGAAGACAAAGAAGAAGCUUUACGCGCCUUUGCAGAGGAUGUUCUCAAUCGUAAAGUACAGCUUAAUAUUGAGCUGAGGCCUGCUACCGGACCAGCACUAGUAACUGUACAUGACCCAGCUACUAAUGUUGAUAUUGGUAAACAAUUGGUUGCUGAUGGCCUGGUACUCGCUGAGAAACGUCGCGAACGCAAACUCAAGGAACUUGUUGAGCAAUACAGGAAUGCACAACAGGCAGCAUUAACCGCCCAUUUGGCCAUUUGGAAGUACGGCGAUAUAACUCAAGAUGACGCGCCUGAAUUUAGCCGCUAAAAUGAAUUCGCCGUAUGUAACAGCGAAUUGGUUGUUUGUCUGCCACGUACCCGCCCUUCAGAAAAUUUUAAACGUAAUAAGUAAAAUUUUUAUUUACAAAAAAAAAUCGUUCAAAAAAGUAAAACAAAACAAAAAAAGGAAAAAACUGCUCAUAAUUUAAAUAAAAUCUGCAAAAACAACAAACACAGCGCUACACAAACAUAUGGACACAAACACUCAUCGUCGUUGUUAACCAAUUUCUCAAAAAGCUUCCA